AUGGAUUUUCAAACAUCUCACUUGGCUGCAGCUUUGAUGUCUGGUACAAAUUAUAGCGGUAAUCCGUCUAUUGAAUCGGAACCUUUGGUUUGUAAUCCUAAAGAGGAAGUAAAAAAUGAAAAAACUUGUGGAAGUAAAAAGGAAACAGCGGAGGAAGAAAAAGAUGAAGUCGCAAGUGGAGAAGAAUUCUCGGAUGAGGAAUCUGAAGCUCAAACUGGAAACAAAUCAAUGCCGGGACGUGGUGUCACCCUUCAAAUGCUUUUGGAAGAUAAAAUGUUGGAACCAGGCAUAGCCGCUAUGACCAUUGAGUACUUGGGCCAAAAGUUUGUUGGCGAUUUACAACCAGAUGGAAAAAUUAAAUCACAUGAAACUGAAACGAUAUUCUGUUCACCAUCAGCUUGGGCAAUACAUUGCAAACGCAUCAUAAACCCUGAUAAGAGAUCAGGAUGUGGCUGGGCAUCUGUUAAGUAUAGAGGGAAGAAGUUGGACACCAUUAAAGCCACAUAUUUAAGAAAAAAGCAGCUACAAAGAGAAAAUAUGCAUAGUGAUCAAGAGACUGAAAUGGAAGUGGAAAGUCCGCCAGAACCGCCACCACAACGAAUCGUCAUGAAGCAUAAUACUGUACCCAACAGAAUGAUGCAGCAUGAUGCUAAUAUGUUAAUAGAAGGAAUAUCAUUUUCAUCAGCUGGAAAAGUUCAGCCGUUCCUGAUAUCUGUUAGUAGUAAUGCCAGUUUGAUACUCGACAUCCACUGUCAUUUGAAAAAAGAAGAAGUUUAUGGAUAUCUUGCGGGAACAUGGGAUUUGAAUAGUCACACCUUGUCCAUAACACAUACAUUCCCUUGUCUUAUUAGCAAGAAAGACACAAAACCACGUGUAUUGGUGGAGCUCGAAAUUCAAAUGGAAAUCGAAAAACUCGGUCUGUCCCUUCUUGGAUGGUAUCAUUCUCAUCCGACCAACCCUGCAAUGCCAAGUCUCAGAGAUUGCGAUAAUCAAUUGGAGUACCAAAUCAAACUAAGGGGCCCAACAGAAAUAUCUUAUAUUCCUUGCAUUGGCGUGAUUUGUUCGCCAUAUAAUCCAGAAAGUCCUGUUUUGGAGUCGUCUUUAACGUUUUUUUGGGUAAUGCCCCCGCCAGAACAAAGACCCACUGAGUACCCGCGGCCCCUAUUGCUACAAUAUAAUGUAGCACACGAUAGUCAUCUAUCUCCACACGCUAUGGAACAAAUACGAAAAAGCAUAAAGUAUUAUUCAACGUUUUCAGACGAAACAUCUGUAGAUUUCAAAGAAAAUUUUAAGCCCGAUAUUACAUAUUUGGACAAACUUAAAUGCACUUUGACCGCAAAGUUUCCUCGAGAACAAAGUGACGGCUUACUGUGGCACUUCAUUAGAGAUGAAUUAGGAUGUUCUUCAGAGAAUGACGACAAAAUGGAUUUGGAUGCUUUGUUAGCGGUCCCUCAGCCAAUACCAGUCUCUAAAUCUACCACGACCGUACCCAACUUCCCCUCAGUUAGUACUCUACAGCAGAUGGUUAGUAGACCUGCCGGUGUUCCUCCGAUAAAUGUAUCUUCAGGUAUUGGUUCAGGAUCGCCGCACAAAUUUGAAACACCUUCGCUAAAUAUACCGGUACUAUCUACUCCAUCUAAAUCGGCAUCUAAAUCUUCGACAUCGUCACUCUCUUCUGCCUAUCCUACUGGCUUAGACAUGCUGACAAGCAUGGCGCUCGGAUUAGGAACCAGCCAAAUGCCUAUGCCGCUAGGACCUACCGGCCUAGAAAGCUUAGCAGCUGCUAAUAGUAUGCUGGCCGGCCUAACUCCGGGAAUCCCAUCGAGCUUGGCCGCAAGCUUGUCAGGCAGUAAGCUUCCGGAUCCACCAUCAUAUGCGUCGUCACUUCAAAACCUAACUAGCAGCAUCGGAAGCUACGAUAAAACUCCGAGCAGCACCGCCACAAGUACUGCGUCUACUCCUAUUCCUGCCAACAUUGCCUCAAAUUUAAUGAUGAGUUCUGCAGAUAUAGCCAACGCUUUAUUCUCGGCCAGCAAAUACUCAAAUGCAGGUAUAUUAGGAAUACCUGACCCAAUGUCUAAAUCAACAUUAGCUGCGAACAACAUGUUCUUGUCGCCAUCUUUAAUGAAAAUGCAAGAAUCACUCAUGAAGCCGUUGUCAAGUAGCAGUCCCAUAUCUUCGAAAAUAGGGUUAGACCAGAAUAUGAUGUUGAAAUCACCGCACGAUUUGUUGAAGUCUCCCCAUGAUCUAAUGAAAUCUCCUCACGACUUGUUGAAAUCUCCACACGAUUUAUUGAAAUCUCCCCACGAUUUGCUCAAAUCUCCCCACGAUUUAUUGAAAUCCCCCCAUGAUUUAUUGAAAAGUAAUAAAGAUUACUUACCACCGGAUUUCGGCAGUAUAGGGAAAAGUAAAACGGAAGCUCUGCCGAUGGACGUAUCCAAACAUUCAGAAAGCGGACUCUCCUCUAAACUUGACUUGCAUAAAGAAAGCGCUGACAUGCAAGCCACUGACUUCAGUAUGCCGUCGCGCGUGGGAGGUGACUCUUAUUUGAAUCAGAUGUUAGAACUGACGAAGAAAACCACGAUGCCGGAUUAUAUGUCAGAUUAUAACCAACCCCUGAAGUUAUCUAAGUCUGACGAUUUGAUGACUUCUAUGCCGCCAACUAGCCAUCCUUAUAUCGGGACGUCAAGCAUUACCGAUUCCGGAUCGCAGACGGCGAGCUACAAAAUGGACGAGCCCCUUGACUACGGUAAAGAACAAGAUUACAGCAUGAAUAAAUGUGGCAGUGAAAGUGAAAUGCAAUAAAUUUAAUGACAUCAAUUUUUUUGGAUACGUUUUAAUGCUAUCAGUAUUUAAAAUUGAAACUUUUUUUAUAACAUUGUGUGUUUUCCAUGAAGUUUUUAGAUCGAACAAUCGAAUUUAUUGGAUACCUAGUGGUAAAGAUUACCUAAUAAUAUUGAUUCUCGAAUACGAAGUUUGUAUGUAAUUAUUAUUAAUAAUGCUCUCGGCAAGUGUGUCAAGUUUAUAAGUAUUUAGACUGAUAAGUAAGUAUAAUUCGUAAAUUGUCCUAUUAUCAGAUAAUGCAUCGGUACUGUGUAUUUAAUUUGUGAGAUUUACAUACCUUAGCUUCUAAUAGUUUAAUAGCUCUGUCUAAUCCUUUUUUGUUAUCUAGCAUAUCAAAAAAUGGUAUUAGCUAUCAGUAUUGUGUAGAGUUAUCUAUCUAUUUAUUUGAAUACGAAUAAAUCAAUAUUUUACGUUUCUAAAUUUCCUUAACGUUUUCCGAAAUAAAAUAAAAUAUCAUGUGAACGUAUUUCUUUUUUGUUUAAUCAGUCAGAA